UGAAUUAUCCGGAAGAACUCUUCCAGCAGCUGGUCCCAAUGGUGUUUGAUUUGAAAUCAACCUCGAGACUUGCAUAUGUUGUUGUGCUGUGGAUGGUGGGAGUGAUCAUUUGACAAGACGUCGAAUUGAAGUUAUUAUUUUACAACUAUUCCUGGUUUAGCUAAGCUAGGAGCUGUGUGGUCGUAACGCCUACGCACCUCAUUGGACACCCACUAUCCGAUAUGUCACCUCAAUCGCCGACGUUGAAGGGAAACAAGACCGUGAAGAUCCUGCGCGAUGCAGAGGACGGCGGUUAUGGCAUCGUUGCGCCUAUUGUCUACAACAUAGGGCACAUCAUAGCGUGCAUCCAAGCCGCCGAGCGCAAACGGUCGCCGUUGAUCAUACAGAUGUUCCCAUGGGCAAUCACAGUCUCAGAUGGCCUGAUCGUCCACGCUGCCGCUCUCGCAGCAUCCAAGGCUUCGGUCCCCAUAUCGAUUCAUCUGGAUCACGCGCAAGAUGAAGCACUGAUCCGGUACGCUGCUGACACGCUGCCGUUUGACAGUAUCAUGGUCGACAUGUCCCACUACGAAAAAGAAGAGAACCUUGCAAAGACCAAGGAGCUGGUGAGGUAUUGCAAGGAGCGCGGCAUCGCAACCGAAGCGGAGCCUGGGAGGAUAGAGGGCGGGGAAGACGGGAUUGCGGACACUGCAGACUUGGAGGGCAUGUUGACGACGCUUGACGAAGUUGACGAGUUCAUCGGUACGGGCGUCGACUUUCUUGCGCCGGCGUUUGGAAAUGUGCACGGCGAGUAUGGGCCGAAGGGACCGCAAUUGGAGUUCGAUAGACUCGACGCCCUUCGCAAGCAUGCCGCCGGUCGUGUUCGGAUCGUGCUACACGGGACGAACAGCUUCUCCGAGGAAACCAUGCGCGAGUGUAUACGGCACGGCGUGACGAAAGUCAACGUCAACAAGCUAGUUCUGGACGACUACCAUUCGCAUCUGCAAUUGAACGCUAGCAAGCUGAGUCUAACCCAGCUGAUAGAGGAAGGUAUCAAGGAAACGGUGAAGCUGCUCGAGUGGCAGAUGGACGUCUGCUGGUCGACAGGCAAAGCUAGCGCGACGAAGUAGGCGAGGCUCCAGAAAUGCUAAGCAGACGUUUGUUUGUGGUGAGCCACCUGCGUGAAUGUCACAAUCUUCGUCUUGAAGGA